UCGUUAUCAAACCACCUAUUAGUAUUACACCUAACCUUGCGUGGACGCAUCCCGUUAAAAUUGUUAGCAACGCAACCUUGCACCGAGCGUGGUUGAAGCAUACCAGUAGAAAGACUAGCGCGCGUCGUGCCGGACGUUGUGCCGCAUUCCAAAUUUAAAAUACGCGGGGAAACAUGUUUAGGACUUGAGUGGCGUUUCCUAUACUCCUUGGACAGAAUAAAAAAAAUAAGUUGUGAAUUUAUUAUCUAUGCAAUUUUGUCGAUGUGGAUUGUUUUAUAGCCAACGGGCGCGCCGAGAUGUGGCGUGCUAUACUCCUCAUAGUGUGUGCUGUGGGUGUCCACUGCCGCCAGAACAAGGUCCGUGACGUCACCACGGCUUGUGACAAAGGCUCCAUCAGUAUACAUCUGGAGAUGGAGAAGCCAUUCAAGGGGCUGGUCUUCAGUAAGGACUUCUCGAGAGAAUGUCGAGUUCAAGGUCAGAUGCAGUCAAACAUAUCGCUUCACUUGCCCACCAACGCCUGCGGUGUGCGCACAUCAACCCUCAACACCACAGUAGCCGAGCCUGGUGACCACGAGGACUUGUACUAUACUGUGGAGCUGGUCGUCCAAAUGGAUAGGCAGUUGCAACAAUCCUCCGACCAAGACUUGAUAGUGAGGUGCAAACUGCAGCCGCGUGCGGUGCGCAUAGUCAGCUCAGCGUUGGAGGGCGUCAUUAAAACUAAACUUCGAGAAAUGACCGGACACGGGCACGACGGAAGGCGGAUGAGAACCGGUCGUAACCGACAGGGCUGGGACAAUCAAGGUGAGAUGGAGCAGAGACAAUAUCUGCUGGAGUCUGCCCGAGCUUGGAUGGACUUAGCGCCGAUAGUCACAGGCGCCGAACCAGCUACGGUGGAAGUUGGGCAGCCGACAAGAUUGCUUAUACAGUGCACUCUGCCAGUGGGAGUUGGUUUGCGCGUAACAAAUUGCGUAGCACAUGACGGGCUAGGGGAAGCUUCGCAGAAACUCCUCGACGAAGCAGGCUGUCCCAUCGACGAAACGAUCUUCAACAAGCCAUCAAUCCAUCGACACGCGCAACCUGAAAUGGACUUCACUGAAAACCCAGUUGACCCCAAACAAAAUAUCGAGGAAAACAUAAAAAUAUCGAAAGACCCUGACUAUAUUUUCAAAAACAUGAUGAUGUAUCAACAUGCAGUGACCACUUUCGCGGCUUUUAAGUUCCCUGAUAGAGCAAAACUACAUCUCUCUUGUGGGAUAGAGUUAUGCAAAGGCCCUUGUCCUCAUGUUGAUUGCAAAGUGCUGCAGAAGCCACAACAGACCAAGGAUGGGUUGGUGAGAAAAGCUCGUCUGGACAAAGAAGCGAAAGGUGUGGUUAUAGAUAGGUUGGAGGUGUACAAUAGUAUAGAAGUACUGGCUCCUAAUAUAGAGUUAGAAGAUGAAGCUUCAAUUAGAGGUUCAAGAAGAGUAGAACACGUAGAUGAAUUCGUGCGCGGCUUCUCUCCAGGAGACAAGACGAUUUGCCUGUCACCAGGAAAAAUGGCACUUGCGUUUUGCGUUUUAGGAGUCAUUUUCCUUUGCGCAAUAGCCGUUGCUUUCGCAUCACUAGUGCGAGCGAGACGGCGCAUGACCCGUGAACCGGUGCAUACAUCCCUCUCAUUCUACACUGGCAGCAAGAGUAUGUUCUCUUCCAGUGGUAGCAGUAGUUCUGGCUUGAGUGGAAGUAAGCUCCUAUUGACUGACAGUCCAUAUAUGGACCACCAUUCUUCUUCCAGCAAUAAUUGGCCCUACACUAGAGCAUAUUGAUUUGAAUAAAUAUCAACCUAAGUGAUUUCCUAUUGAAUAAUGUGUAAAAUAAUAUUAUUUUACAAAGAAUAAUUUAUAUGACUGAUUUAUGAAGAUUAGCUAUUUAUUAUUUAUGAAAAAUAUUUUUUAUACAUAUCAGAAGUAAGACACUAUGAUGGGCAGAUCUUCUCAAAGCUACAAGGGUCCAUAAAUUAAGUUGACAAACUUUCUGAAACUGGGAAGGUUUUUAUUUUAGGUGGAAGAUCUAGCUACCAUAGAUUCUCGUUCUAAAUCAAUUAAAAUGAAAAAUAUUGCGUUACACCUAGACCUAGAUUAGAAUUUUAAGCUCUCUAAGUUCUAAAAUAUUAAAUUCAAUUUACAAAACAGACUGCCACACGUGUACCUAAAAGUUGUUUAAUCAUUUUAUCUUUUAUUUUUUUAACUUGCUUGCUUUUUAAGGGCGUCGCGUGCCUAAGAAUUUUUUUUUCUGCUUCUUAACAUGAGGAACCAUGUCUCCAGUCACUAGACCUUUAGCUUCAGCAACUCUUCUCUCCUCCUCCUUCAGUCGUAUUCCUCACAUAUGAAGGUCUUGUCCACCUUCACCCUUGAAUUUGGUUUUUCCUGUGUCUUCGGCUACAUAUUAUUUGAUUAAAAAAAAUAAAAGAUGUCAAAGAGCAUUCAACAAGACAAGCAACUGUUAUGCGCUAUGCAUUAAUUUCUUACAACAGAUGAGACCCACACACCAAUGAUAUUUCAUACCAGAGAUGGGGCACUAGCGCAUCAAAACUGAGGUAGACAAAUGUGAAAAAUUGACUUUAUUUCAUUUAGUCGCUUACUAAACAACGAACGUUGAUUAAAAAAUUAAUUAUAGCUUAUAAUACUUCUAUAAUUCAGUUUAAACACUGUUUACAAAGAGGCAAGUAGCCUAUUGUCUGCAAAGUCAAGUUGUGUGUUCAGGAAGUGUAAAAACUAAUAAAUACAUGGAAUGGAAUGGAAUAAGAAUGGAAUAAAGACAAAAUUAUGCAUGUAUGGUGUAGCUAAAUUCGGAUCACUUUUUACGGUGGUUUUGUAGGGACGUAACCUGUCUAACAUUAUCAUUGACACCCACUAUAUUGUGUACUUGUAGUCGUAAUAUCGUAAGAAAUUAACGCUAGACUUGGUUACUUGGUGAAUUAUAUUGGAGGCGGAACGAUUUUAAUUUUAUUGUAAUUGUAAAAAAAAUAAGACAACUUUGUCAUUUGAGGAGGUGCUUCUGUAAUUUAAGAGAUAAUUUAAUGUAUCUUUUAAAGACUCCACUAUAUUAUAUUUAAGUACAAAGUGGUUCUACAGAUACAAGAAUAAGGUCUGGCAGAUACUAUAGUUUUAAGAAUUUAAUUUAAUUUAUUUUAAUGCAUUAGCACUUCCUCGAAAAUAAUUUAUUAGUGUUAAUUUAAAUUAUCUUAUAAGUAUUUAUCUAAACAUAUAAAAUAGAGUUUAGCCUGGUCAGAAAAAUAGAAAACAUUUCACGUUGCGGAAAAACAAGGAAGUAAUUUCUUCUACAAGCUAUGCACAGCAAGCAGAAUGCUAAUUUUCUGGUCAGGUUAAACAUACAUAAAAAUAUUUAUUUUCUAGAAAAGGUCAUUGUGAUACAAUUAUGACCUAAAGCAUAAUAUUUUUUUUUAUUUUUUAUAAUAAACAA